AUGGUGAGAAAAACGAAAAUUUCAGCUAACUGCUUCUGUAAAAGGAACUGGAACCCAUAUAAAACAAACAAGUGGAAUGCACCUUAUGCUGGAUGCUACUAUAAAUCUUCAGCGAAUGCAGUCCAGAAGAUGGCGAAUCGCAGAUGCCAGAAAUGGAGCGCCGCUCUCAUGUUGGAUGAGGAUUCCAGCAAGGACGAGCUUCUGAUAAACGCUUUUCCGGAAAAUGCGAGCUUCUGGUUGGGAUUGCAAUAUAAAGGACAACAAAUGGGCUUGGCCAAACGGCAACCCAGUAAGCGUUCACAUUUUAAACCUGUACUUCCUCAUAUCGGG